CUGAGCUCUCAGCCUUGCAUUAAGAUGGGAGAAGCCAAAUUAUCCUCCUUUUCCAACUAUGGACUGCAGUGGUGUUUCAAGCAGCUACACAAAGAAGAGUUCCGGAUAUUUAAGGCAUUACUAAAGGAAAGCGCUUCGGAACCCGCAGCCUGCUCCUUUCCACUGGUUGAAGUGGAUAAUGCCGAUUCGGAACAGCUCACGUCCCUCUUGCAUGAGCAUUAUAAAGAAUCUUUUGCCUGGAAGAUAUCCAUUGACAUCUUUGAAAAGAUGAGCCUGUCGGCCCUCUCAGAGAUGGCCAGGGAUGAGAUGAAAAAAUACUUACUGGCUGAAAUACCAGAACAUUCUACACCAACAAAGACGGACCAAGGUCCAAGCAUGGAAGAAACACCAAGCCACAGAGAUGACCAACAAGACUAUAAGAGUCACGUGAUGAGGAAAUUCUCCACGAAGCUGGAUGCACACCACAGCUUUGAAAAAUUUGCCUCUGACUGUCCAGAUGUGCACGUGUUGUUGGGGGCUUUUAAUCCGGACCAGGGGGGCUUCCGGCCUCUCACCGUGGUUCUACACGGAAAGGCGGGAAUUGGGAAAUCGGCUCUGGCCAGAAGAAUCCUGCUGUUCUGGGCACAAGGUGAGCUCUACCAGGGCAUGUUCUCCUAUGUCUUUUUCCUCCACGCCAGAGAGGUACAGUGGACGAGGGAGUGCAGCUUUGCAGAGUUAAUCUCCGGGCAGUGGCCAGACACCCAGGUCCAGGUGGGGGAGAUCCUGUCCCAACCAGAAAGGCUCUUGUUUGUGGUUGACGGAUUUGAGGACCUGGGCCUCGCCUUCAAAGACGAUGACUCAAAUCUCUCUGGAGACUGGGCGGAGAAGCAACCCGUGUCCGUCUUGAUGCACAGUCUUCUGAAGAAAGUCUUGCUUCCCGAGUCCUCCCUGAUCAUCACCGUCCGAGACUCAGGCAUAGAAAAGCUCCAGUCCGUGCUCCUGUCUCCCCAUUACCUGUUGGUUGGGGGACUCUCAGUGGAAAAAAGGAUGCAGUUGCUUCUUGAACAUCAAAAGAUGCAAACCUUGCGUUCAGUGGUGGGCAACCAUGAGGUGUUUGACAAGUGCCAGGUGUCUGUCGUGUGCUCCCUGGUCUGUGAGGCCCUCAAGCUGCAGGAGGCAUCAGGAAAGAGCCUUUCCGUCACUUGCCAGACUCUCACAGGCUUGUAUGCCUCAUUCGUGUUCCAUCAGCUCGCUCCAAAAGACGCAGUCAGGAGCUGUCUGCGUCAGGAAGAAAGAGUCACCUUGAAGGGCUUGUGCCAGAUGGCUGCGGAAGGCGUGUGGAAUACGAAGUUCGUGUUUUACAGCGAUGACCUGGGCAUUCACGGGCUGGAGGGACCUGAGCUCUCCGCUCUGUUUCACACCAGCAUCCUUCUUCGAGGCAGCCGCUGUGAAGAGCGUUACAUGUUCUUACACCUCAGCCUCCAGGAGUUCUUCGCUGCCUUGUACUACGUCCUGGAAGGAUUGGAAGGAGAGGGGGACCCCUACCCUCUGUUCACUGAGGGUGUAAAGAGUUUGAUGGAACUCAAGCAGAUCGACUUCAAUGUCCACUUGGUCCAGGUGAAGAGGUUCUUGUUUGGCUUCAUGAGCAAAGAGGUGAUGGGGGCGCUGGGAACCCUCCUGGGAUGUCCUGUCCCCCUGGUGGCAAAGCAGAGGCUUCUGCACUGGAUCUCUUUGUUGGGUCAACACACCAACACCACUGCCCCGCUAGACUUCCUUGACGCCUUCUACUGUCUUUUUGAGACACAGGAUGACGAGUUUGUUCGCUCGGCAUUGAACAGCUUCCAAGAAGUGUGGCUUCCACUGAACCGGCCAAUGGACUUAAUAGUGUCUUCCUUCUGUUUCCGGCAUUGCCAGUAUUUACGGAAAAUUCGCUUGGAUGUCAGAGAGGUCCCAAAGCAUGAAUUUGCUGAGGCAUGGCCCAGCAUUCCCCAAGGCCUGCAGAUCAAGACCCAUGAUGAGCACUGGGAACACCUCUGCUCCGUGCUCAGCACCCACCCAAACCUACGACAGCUCGACCUGAGCGGCAGCAUCUUGAGUGAAGAGGCCAUGAAGACCCUCUGCAUCAAGCUGAGGCAGCCAACCUGUAAAAUACAGAAUCUGAUAUUUACAGGUGCCCAGAUUACCCCUGGUCUCCGUCACCUCUGGCUAACUCUUAUCAACCGAAAUAUUAAAUACCUGGACUUGGAAAGCACUCAUCUGAAGGAUAGAGAUGUCAUGAUGGCAUGUGAAGCAGUAAGGCACCCAAACUGUUUGCUGGAGUCUCUGAGGUUGGAUCACUGUGAAUUAACCCACACCUGUUGUCAGGUGAUCGCCCAAAUGCUUGUUACGUCCAUCAGCCUGAAAUCCCUGAGCCUGGCAGGAAAUAAGGUGACGGACCAGAGCAUAAAGUCUCUCUGUGAUGCCUUGAAGGUCACACAGUGCACCCUGCAGAAGCUUAUACUGGGGAACUGCGGCCUCACAGCCACUGACUGCCAGGAUCUGGCCUCGGCUCUCACCAAGAACCAGAGCUUGACACACCUGUACCUGUCAGGAAACAGCCUGGGGAGUGAAGGCAUGAAUCUGCUGUGUCGAGCCGUGAAACUUCCCAACUGUGGUCUACAGAGGCUGAUACUAAACGCAUGCAACCUGGAUGUGGCUGGCUGUGGCUUUCUUGCAUUUGCACUCAUGGGCAACAUACAUCUGACGCAUCUGAGCCUUAGCAUGAACCCCUUGGAAGAUGACGGGAUGAACCUUCUGUGUGAGGUCAUGAUGGAGCCGUCUUGUCUCCUCCAGGACCUAGAAUUGGUAAAGUGCCAUCUCACUGCCGCUUGCUGCAAGAAUCUGUCCUAUGUCAUCACAAGAAGUCAACACCUGAAGAGCCUGGAUCUAGCCGCCAAUGCCCUGGGUGACCACGGGAUUGCAGCGCUGUGUGAGGGAUUGAAACAGAAGAAUUCUCUGAGGAGACUUGGGUUGGAGACAUGUGGACUGACCUCCAAUGGCUGUGAGGCCCUCUCCUCCGCCCUCUCCUGCAAUCAGCACCUGACCAGCCUAAACCUGAUGCAGAACAAUUUUGGUCCCAGAGGGAUGACAAAGCUGUGUUUGGCCUUCGCACAACCCACAUCUAACCUACAAACCAUCGGGCUGUGGAAAGGGCAAUACCCUGCUCGAAUAAGAAGGCUUCUGGAGGAGCUAGAGCGACUCAAGCCUCACAUUGUAAUUGGUGACAGUUGGUAUUCUUUUACGGAAGAUGACCGGUACUGGUGGAAAAACUGA